CCGGGUUAAAGUUGAUUCUCUUCUAUCCACAUGUGAUUCACAUGUUUACAUGGGCAUUUGUAUUAGGAGUAUAUAUUGAUGACACUGAAAUCGGAGUACAUUUAUUACAGACUGUUAUAGUAAAAGUGUGCCGCUAUGUCGGACAGUGAAGAUGAAGCUUGUGAACGGACUUCGGCAGAAAAGAAGAGAGUUUCGAAGUACCAGUGUCCUGCUGACUUUGUGCCCAUGUCGUAUGAUUCCUCUGUAAACGUCUUAUGGGACGAAGAUGAGGAGAAGGAAUUAUGGCUCAUCAAAGCUCCAGCUCGUUUUGAUUCUAAAUGCUUUGAAAAGCUCAAAGUUCCCUUAUCGGGACUGGAAAUGGUCCAGUCUAGUGGCACAACACCUCAGAUCUACAGCGUUCUCAGUAGCAGGACAGCACCAUCAGACCUCCAUCUGCUCAUUUCCAAAGGGAAGCCUGUUCUCUGUUCCUCUGGCUUCAGUGGUGUCCUCAAGAUCUCAGAGAGCUAUGGAAACUGCAGUGAGAACCAAUGUCCCGUUCCCAUCCCGGCAACUCCAGCUCCAUCCAUCCCAGCUGGUCUGAAGCAACGUUUCCAGCCUUUUGGGAGUUCCACUGCAGCUCACAGGCAAGAUGAAGUCACAGUAGUCUCUCCAACUGCUCCCAAGAGAACCAGUCAAGAUCCGAUUGGGGGCGAAGAGCGAAAAAAGAAGAAAAAGAAAAAGAAAGACAAGAGGCAAGAGGACAGUGACACAGUUUAUAUCAAGGAGGAACAGACACAGAUUGAGUUGUCUGAGCUUAUGGAGGAAGAACUGAUGGAGGAAAGGAGGAGGAAGAAGAAAAAGGUGAAGAAAGAGAAGGAAAGACAUAGUGAAGACAUAACUGAUGCAAGUUUAAUAUCCAAAACGGAGCCACUGGAUCCUUCUUAUGAUUACCUUGACACACCAGGAAAAACCAAAAAGAAGAAAAAGAAAAGUAAUCGACACGAAUAGACUGUCAUAAGAACUUGAAAUGAUUUAUCAAUUUUUUCAUAUUCACAAAUGCUUCCUGUGAUAUUUAAUGGUGAAAUACAAUGGAGAAACUCUGUCUUAAAGUAAUUCAAAGGUUUUGCACAACAUUAAUAAUUACCUAAUGCAUUGAUUUAUUCUUCUGCUUAACAUAUAAUUUUCUUGUGUUUUAGGGUUUUUUUUAACAGUUUUUGUCUACUGAAAGUCUUUUUUUUUUUUUUUUUCAUUUGUUCAGCUGAACAAUCGAAACAAUUUACUCACAUUCAUGCCGUUCCAAACUUCAAUGAUUUUAUGGAACAUUACAAAAUAUAUAUAUUUUUUGAUUUGACUUUCCUUGUAUUGACAAAUACCCUAAGGCGUUUUUCAAAAAAAGAAUGACUUAAAUUCUUUGCUGAACUUUCUCUUUAAACACUACGUUUCUGCAGUACUUGCAGUUCACCGGUAGGUGGCGUGAGAUCUCCCUCUCCCGCUGAGAACGCAGAAGGGCCGCCGCUUGUUCUGCACUGGGGUAUGGUCAUGUUUUCUAAUGAGCAGAGGCACGUUUGCCGCCUGCAAAUUUGGUUUCUUUGCCCGUCCCACUGCGCACAUGCAGGUAAAGCCCCAAUGGGAUCACAUGAGGAGUUUCACACAGGCGCUGCUCACAUCUGCGUUGAUCAGGUAUUUAAAGAACGCUGCACCUGCUGAUACUCUCUCACUGAGAACUUUAUGUGAAUUAAACAUGAUAUAUCGUCACAUAAACUAUAUGUGUGUGUUUGUACAGUAAAGAAAUGGAAUGCGUGUA